CGGGCGGGGGGAGGACGAGGGGGGCCGUGAGGCGGAGGUCCGUGCCGUGCCGCGCCGGAACGUACCCGAGUGUCCUCAACUGUGUCUCUUUCAUGCCACGUGCAGCGUCUGAAGUGGUGUCCCUGAAACCGUUGCUUAGGGCGGUAUCUCGCAUGAACGUAAUGCCGUCCACGACCGAUCCAAGCUGGACGGACGUGGCGUUGGGGUCGUUGACGGGGUAUGAUUGGACCAGUCGACCGCAAAUGUCGUUGGUGCUGUCUUCAAUCGUAUGGCUUCCCAUACUGAGGAUGAACGAGUGACUGUCUUGUGCUUGAAUUUGAGCCAACGAUGUGUUGAUCAUGAAUUGACCGAUAGUCGACACAUGCAAUGUCGACGCGCCGUGGGGGAAAGCAAAUUGCGCGGCAAUCUCGUCUGGGCUUUCGAUGGUCAACAGCGGCGUGAGCAAGUGCUUGGCAUCGCCUAUGUAGUCGAUGAUGUCCCAGUUGUUCAUGGCCACGUCGAUGCAAAGCAACGCCAAGCAAAACACCCCCAGAGCGACUUUGCCCCAUGUUGCAAAGACCUGGAUGUACUGCCCGUAGCCACUUGGUGACCUCCGAACGCUCUCGUUGAACGGCAUUACGUGGACCUGUGCCAUACGCGGCAGUUGCGGCCUCUGUAACUGGAGGCACACGAAACCGAAACGGUUUCAAAUAGUACC